AUGAAUGACAAGGGUUUUGGGGGGGGGGGGUUAGUUUGUUCAUGCUUUGUUUGUGUUUCCAGAGAUCAACACCACAUACACAUCACAUCAUCUGCAGAAUCUAGCUGUGUGUCUGCGAAGAGUGAUUGGUCCAAAGAGCAUAAUCCAGACUUCAGUGAUGAACCCGCAACCUUAGACAAAAAAGAGAAGAGUCAUGUUAGUGUAGAGGAGCAGCUGUCCUACUGUGCUUUGUGUCAGGACAUCCUGAAGGAUCCAGUCUCUACCAAUUGUAGACACGGGUUCUGCAGACAAGGGAGAGACUCCUUGUGUCCACAGUUUGGAUGCAGGUCCAGACUGCAGACCGCCAGUCAGAGAGGUUGUGCUCAAACAGAUGUUGGUCUGCAGGAGGUAUUAGAUGAACAUAAAAUCAGUCUAAGGAGGAGAUGUGAACAUGUGACUGAAGGAAGUGAUGAAACAGGAAGUGGGACUCUGCUCAACAGGAUCUACACUGAACUUUACAUCACAGAGGGACAGAGUGAAGAAGUUCAUACCCAACAUGAGGUGAGGCAGCUGGAGACAGCUUCCAAGACCAUCAAUGACACUCCAAUCAGGUGCCAGGACAUCUUUAAAGCUUUGGCUGACCAACAGAGACCCAUUAGAGUUGUUCUAACAAAUGGCAUUGCCGGCAUUGGAAAAACCUUCUCAGUACAGAAGUUCACUCUGGACUGGGGAGAAGGUUUGGAGAACCAAGACAUCAGUGUGGUGAUUCUGCUUUCAUUCAGGGAGCUGAACGUGAUCACAGAUGAGCAGUACAGUCUUCUAGAGCUGCUCCAUAUUUUCCAUCCAGCAUUACAGAAGGUCACAGCAGAGAAGCUCGCUGUCUGUAAACUUUUGUUCAUAUUUGACGGCCUGGAUGAAACCAGACUUUCAUUGGAUUUCACCAACAGGAAGCUUGUGUCUAAUGUCACACAGAAGUCAUCAGUCAGCGAGCUGCUGACAAACCUCAUCGAGGGGAAUCUGCUUCCCUUGGCUCUCGUCUGGAUAACUUCCCGACCUGCAGCAUCCAGUCAGAUCCCUACUAUAUGUGUUGACAGGGUAACAGAAGUACGAGGUUUCACUGACGCCCAGAAGGAGGAGUACUUCACGAGCAGAUUCAGUGAUGAAGAGCUGUCCAGCAGAAUCAUCUCCCACAUGAAGACAUCCAGGAGCCUCCACAUCAUGUGUAGAAUCCCUGUGUUCUGCUGGAUCACUGCUACGGUUCUGGAGCACAUGUUGACUACAGAGCAGAGAGGAGAGCUGCCCAAGACCCUGACUGACAUGUACUCACACUUCCUGCUCGUUCAGACAAAGAGAAAGAAGCACAAAUACCACGAGGGACAUGAGACGAGUCCACGGGAGCUGAUGCAGGCUGACAGGGAUGUUCUCCUGAAGCUGGGGCGGCUGGCCUUUGAACAUCUGGAGAAAGGAAACAUCCUAUUUUACCAAGAAGACCUGGAGCAGUGUGGUCUGAAUGUCACAGAGGCCUCAGUGUACUCAGGCAUUUGUACAGAGAUCUUAAAAAGAGAGUGUGCGAUCUUCAAGAAACCAGUCUACUGCUUUGUUCAUCUGAGCAUUCAGGAGUUUCUGGCGGCUGUCUACAUGUUCCACUGUUACAGCAACAGGAAGGAAGAGGUGCUGGAGAAGUUUCUGAGGAAUGAUUUUCCAGAUUUAUUUACUGAUGAUUUUGAUGAUGGUAUGCCCAUCUAUUUUCAAGAGGACUUUCUUUCCACUGUCAUGCAGAAAUCUCUCCAAAGUAAGAAUGGCCAACUGGAUCUAUUUGUCCGCUUUCUUCAUGGCCUGUCACUAGACUACAACCAGAGACUCUUAGGAGGUCUGCUCAAUAAGAUGGAGUACAGUCCAGAAAUUAUCCAGAGAGUCAUCAAUAAUCUGAAGAAGAUGAAGAGUGAUAAAAUCUCUCCUGAUAGAAGUAUCAACAUCUUUCAUUGUUUGAUGGAGAUGAAUGACUUCUCAGUACAUCAGGAGAUCCAAGAGUUCCUGAAAUCAGAAAACAGAUCAGAGAAGGAACUAUCUGACAUCCAUUGCUCAGCUCUGGCCUACAUGCUCCAGAUGUCAGAGGAGGUUCUGGAUGACCUGGACCUGAAUAAGUAUAAUACAUCAAAGGAGGGACAACGAAGACUUAUUCCAGCUAUAAGAAACUGCAGAAAGGCACGGCUUUCUAGCUGUGAACUCUCAGAAAGUCACUGUGAAAUUGUCGCAUCAGCUCUGAAGUCCAGUCCCUCCCAUCUAACAGGGCUGGACCUGAGUGGAGCCAAACUCCCUGAUUCAGCUUUGAAGCAGCUGUUUACUGGCCUAGAGAGUGCAAACUGUAGGCUGGAGACUCUAAGUUUAUGGGAUUGCAGUUUGUCAGACGUCAGCUGUGCUGCUUUGGUGUCCGCUCUCAAGUCCAACCACUCCCAUCUGAAAUAUUUGGACUUGAGUCUCAACAAGCUGCAAGAUUCAGGAGUGAAACACUUAUGUGAUUUUCUUCAGAGUCCACACUGCAGAUUGGAGACUCUGAGAUUGUAUCGUUGCGGUUUGUCAGUGAUCAGCUGUGCUGCUCUGGUCUCUGCUCUCAAGUCCAACCCCUCUCAUAUGAAACAUCUUGACCUGAGCUACAACAAGUUGCAGAAUUUAGAUGUGCAGCAGCUGUUGGGGCUUCUGAAGAGUCCACAGUGUAGACUGGAUCUUAGGAUCUGAGAGUGAAGUCAUUUUGGUAAACAAGACAGCGUGUGUGCCAAGAGAGGAUAAGCUGUGUCUUGAUGAUGUUGAAGUAGCAUUGCUCUGACUGGGCCAUGUUACUGGGAGGUUGAGUGGAGAGCAGAGCUUCAUCCAGAAGUGACUGACAGAGGAGUCAUCACCUCACAGAAGCUGUUUCUUUCAGGUGAACAUAGAUAAUCCAUCACUAAAGUGUUUCAGGAGUCUCGUGAUUUAUUUCCACUGUGGACUUGAAUGACAUCUGCAGAUUUGAUGGUAAAAAUCUCUGCAAGUGUGAGCAUUUAGCUUACUAAGUUCAGUCCAACAUGACUGAACUUCCUUUUAACAUUCAGAGCUGAAAAGGAAGCUGGCUACACUACACAGCUCCUCCCCGACUCCUCUCCUGCUUUCUGCACUGGAUGUGCUGUCUUACUGACUGACGGCUGAUGAAGAGUCCCUAUGGAAACACUUGAUUCACAUAUCAAUUCUGUUAUAGUGGAAGGACUCAUUCUUCAGUGUCUGACAGAUGAAUGGGACGAUGUGCAGAUGAUUUUCAGUGCUGCAGAGUGAACUGCUCUGUGAACAACUCCACUGUCAGACAUGAUGUAGAGUCCAGCAUCACCCCUGUGUGUCCCUCUGGAUCAUUAGUGUAUUUGAACUGUUCUGUCCUUGUACACACAGAGAGUCCUCCACCCCUUCUGUUUCACACUCACGCACCUACUCAAUCUGUAUUUUAUUUCAUCUUUUUAUUCACGGAUAUUCUGCAGCCAGAAUUAAACUACAGAUCAUGUCUGCUUAGGACAUUUACAGAACAGCAUUUACAACCAUGUAUACAGUGCAGAGGCAGCUUAGUUGGCUGUCAACCCUUGCAAAGUGUCUGCUUAUCACUGUUUCUUUAUGUUGUAAUGUCACCCUGUGGAAUGAUUGAGAACUGCAGUUAAUGUUCAAUUUAUAUCUCAUGCGGGCACUCUCCGUGCGCAAUGACCAUUCUUUAAUCAGGACAGGGUUAUAUUUGUGUCCCCCUAUGACAGGAAUAAGAGGCUUUUAUCUAGGCUUUUAAGGUAUGGACAUUGAGGCUGUGGACAGCUACAGGUACCUUGGUGUUCAUCUG